CUCUGUGCCUGAGGCAGGGCAGGAGCACUAUAAAAGGCAGCCCAGCUCCCUGCUCUCUCAUCCACUCCUCUCACCACCUUUCCUUGGCAACCAGGUGCACCUCCAGCCCCAAGCCAUGUCCUGCUGCAACCCAUGCCAGCCCUGCCAGCCCUGUGGCCCGUGCCCGCUGGCCAGCAGCUGCAAUGAGUGCUGUGUCCGACAGUGCCAGGACUCCGUUGUGGUCAUCGAGCCCUCUCCUGUUGUGGUGACCCUGCCUGGACCCAUCCUCAGCUCCUUCCCUCAGAACACCGCCGUGGGCUCCUCCACCUCCGCUGCUGUUGGCAGCAUCCUCAGCUCUAACGGAGUGCCCAUCUCCUCCGGGGGCCUUGACCUCUCCUGCAUCACCAGCGGCUACUGUGGCACCAGAUGUCGGCCCUGCUAAAUCUGCCGGCAGCGUCUCUGGAGAGGAACCUAAAGGACUGGACACAAGAUAGAGCUUAGGGGCAUUGUGUUUAGAGCUUUAGGCCAUUGGUUUCUUCUCCACUCUCCUCUCUUUCCUCUGCUUUUGCCUUGUCCCAGUGCCAGCCUAGUUGUGACCUGUUGGCUUCUAUCCCUCUGCAGGUCAGGCAGACGGACACUCCACAGGAGCUCCACUGCAUCUUUGUGUGUACCCGUGGUGCUCCCUGUGAGCCAACUCCUCUUCUUCUUUAGACUCAUUAAAGUUUUGCUGCAUCCA